AUGAGUGGAACCAAGAUCGAAACAUGCCCCAUGGGCUACCAUCGGAUUGUGAACAUUCAUAACGGCAAGGUAGCCAGCGGUACCAUCAAAGCUGGUGGGCAAGACAAAAAAGCUCCCGGAACAUACAUCAAAUGGAAUGCGCCCGGUGUUGAAAAUAUCCCAGAUGAUGAAGAAGAAAAGAUUAAGCAGGUGUCUGCUCAGUUCAAUCGGUUCCAGAUGAUGAACUUCAAUGAGCAUAUGCAUUGUCUCAGAGGCACGCAUCUGAAGACACAAGGUUGCGUUAUGGGCAAGUUUACAGUUCAUGAUAACCUUCCUGAGCAUCUCGCCCAGGGCAUGUUUGCCAAACCUGGUACCUACGACGUGAUCAUGCGCUACUCAUCCCUAACACCCAAGAUCUUACCCGACAACCUUGCAGCACCACGCGGCAUCGGCAUGAAGAUCUUCGGCAUCGAGGGCGAGAAGAUCUGGGGAGAAGACAAGAAGACGCAAGACUGGACAUUCAACAACUACCCAGUCCUCGAGCUACGCGAUCCACAAACCACCUACGACAUCGCAGACGCCCUGGAACGAAACUGGAACGACCUGCCCACGUUUGCCGACGAGCAGAGCAAAAGAGUAGACGCAGACGUCGCAACACUGGGUGGACAACUACCAAAGCAGCACAUGGUCGCCAUGCCAGAGUACUCGCAAUCCGCCUACCGCCACGGCGCCUACGUAGCCAAAUACGGCGUCUUCCCCGCUAGCCAAUUCCAAAAGGAUCUCGAAAACACUGAAGUCAAGGACUCGGACCCCAUCAACAUCCUCUCUCAAACCCUGCGCAAACACCACCUCAAUAACCCCAUCUCCUACAGCUUCUGCGCACAGCUCCUCCAGGACCUCACCGAACAGCCCGUAGACGACAUUGGCAUCGAAUGGGAUCCGAAAAAGUACCCCUUUGAGCAAAUCGCCACCAUUGAGUUUCCGCCGCAGGACUCGUGGUUACCAGAGUUUAGAACUUGGUGGGAUGAUCGCAUCACGGUGAAUAGCUGGCAUGGGCUCAAGGAGCAUCAGCCGCUCGGAAGCACGAAUCGGAUGCGCAGGGUUGUUUAUGCCGAGAGUAGGAAGUUGAGACUCAAGGUUAAUGGGUAUAAGGAGGGGGAUUAUGUAGAGCCGGAAGGGCUGGGUGAUGUGCCUGCAAAGGGAGUGGAGGCGCCGCAGUUGGAUUUGAAGUACCAGAGUGCUGUUACGACUGCUGGAGCUGCGUAG